AUGAAGCGGCUGGGGAAGGGAGGCACAUUGGCCAGCCGACAGGCUCUGGUGCAUUCCCUGGUGCACAUUGAGUCCUGGGCUGUGGAUCUGUCCUGGGACAUCAUAGCACGCUUUGGCAGCGAUCUAACCUACAGCCUGCCACGGGAGUUCUUUGAUGACUUUGUCACGGUCGCUGAGGACGAGUGCCGGCAUCAUGAGCUGCUCAAGAACCGGCUGGAGGACAUUGGAUCGCACUAUGGAGCCUUUGCAGCGCAUGAGGCGCUGUGGGACUCAGCCAUGGCCACUGCAGACAGCUUGCCUGCCAGGCUAGCAGUGGAGCAUGCAGUCCACGAAGCCCGUGGGCUGGACGUGAUGCCCUUGACAAUCCACAAAUUCAGAUCAAACGGGGACGAGCAGACGGCGCAGCUAUUAGAGGAUGUCGUGUACAAGGAGGAGAUCACUCACUGCGCAGCAGGGGUGAGGUGGCUCUCCUACCUGUACCACCUGGCACACAAUUCUCAGCCAGAGGGGUCCGGCACAGGCAGCAGUGAGGCAGACAGUGCGGUAAGGAGUCCUGAAGGCUCCAUUCCAGACUGGAUGGCAGAGGCGCGGCGACACAGCGGCGUUGAGACCUGGUUCCACGAGCUGGUCAAGACCCACUUCAGGGGCAGCCUCAAGCCGCCGUUCAAUGUGGAAGCCAGGGCGCAGGCGGGGUUUGGGCCAGAGUGGUACAUGCCGCUGGCAAUGUUGCCAAAGUUCGCUGCAACUGCCAAAACGCUUCAACAAGAAUUUGUUGGCAUGCAGCUUCAACAGACUGACGCUGUUGCCACUGGGGCCACAGCCUAG